GGCCGCUGUCGCCGCCAUCUUCAGGUUUUCUCGUAACACUACUAUAUAAAGCGAAAUUUGUCUCGCUAAUUUUGUAUUUAACUAGAAAAAAUAGUCGAGAAGGUGCAGUAAUUUUCACCUUUCCGUCCCUUCUCGAAAUGUAAAUACUUGUCGUUGUUUUGGCGGCGUUUCAGCCAAGUUGCGGGCUGGAUGCGGUCCUAGCAGGGACCGCUACCAAAACUGAGGUUGCGCUAAAAACUUUAGUCCGGCCAUGUAUGUAAAUAUUUACACGAAUGUCACCGAAUAUCCAGCGGAGCCACAGCCGCCUGCUGAAGCAACCCAAGAAGAAUGCAACGUCUGCGGGGAAGCCCACGCCACGUCUGGCUGUCCUCUCCUGGGCCUGGCGCAAAAGGUGGACGACAAGUGUGUGCCGUCUCGUGCCCGCCUCUCGCUGCCCCCCAACCUGGCCUUGGAUGAGGCCCCUGAUGGCAGCCCCCGGGUCACCGCCCGCGAGGCCAUCCCCGUGGGGACGCAGUUCGGCCCUGUGGAGGCCCCCCGCUACCGCGCCUUCAAGGGUGCGCCCCGUUUCAGGCUCAAGGUGUUUCCUACCAAGGGGCGUGCAACGUGCCUGGACACGUCUGACGAAUACCAGUGCAACUGGAUGUGCUUUGUGGAGCCUGCACCCGAGGCUUCUCUGCAGAACCUGAUUGCCUACCAGCUUGGACAGGACAUCUACUUCAGCGUUCAGAAGCCCAUUGAUUGUGGGGACGUGCUCCUAGUCGGCUACGCACCGCCCUACGGACGCAAGAUGGCUGGGCCUGCUGAAGAACCAGCACCACCACCGCCUCCUCCAGUGGCGGAGCAACCCGGCGGACCACCCGUGAAAAGGAAAAGGGGGCGACCACCAAGGAGUGCUUCUGCUCCCCGGAACACUACGGUCACCAUCAUCCCUCAGGCAAACCACAGCGAUGAAUCCUCCGCGCCAGACACUGCGGACGGCACGGUGGCAUGCUACGACCGGCAGCAGUGGACCUGCUCCCAGUGUGGCCGUCUGUACCGGGACAGUGUGGUGUUUGCACGCCACCUGCAAGACCACUACCGCCCGGUCUACCUGAGGGAGCUGGCGGGAAGGCAGCGCGGGGGAGGCAGGGGCGCCCGGAGGGGAAGGGGUCGCCCCAGGGGACAGGGCUGGAGUCGGCCCUUUGCGCCUCCCCGGAGGAGCUCUUCUCCCGCGGGCGCCAUCGAGGAAGAGGACGAGGAGGCCGUGGAGAUCGGAGAAGACACCCAGCAGGUUGCCGACCCAGAUGCGGCCUUGGAGCGAGGUGGUGAAGUGCCAGCAGUACCCGCAGAGGCCCCCAUUGAAGAAUCACAGCUGGGAGCUCUCCUCGAAGAAAAGGAGGGGACACGGUUACUCAUCCAGCUGGAAGACGGCACCAUCCACGAGAUUACAUCCUACCCACCGAACCUGAACCUGCCCGCUCUCGGUGAGCACGACGAAGUACACCUGACGGGAGAUGUCUCCAAUUCCACGUCCGAACCAACCGUUACAUUGGCCACCCUGGAUCAACUUUCGCUCCAACACUUCCACCAAGACACAGUACCACAGCAGGUGGUGCAGCAGAUGACGCAACAGACGACGCAACGAACGGCGCAACAGACGACGCAGCAGACGACGCAGCAGACGACGCAACAGAUGGCGCACCAGUUCCGGGGUGCCAAAAGGGGACGCAAACGCAAGGGAGAGGUGACCGACCGUGAGCCUGAAGUGCCGGCAGCACGCAGGUUCAAGUCAGUGGAGCGGCAGUCGGCUGGGAAGUACAACCUCCGGACGACGCGAAAGGCCCUUGUUGUUGACGAAGAGGAACGUUACGAGGACGGCUCAGACUACGAAGGCGAAGGCUAUUCGGACUUUGAGGACGAUUACGAGGGUGGUAACGUGGCGCCUCCUGGCGGUCAUGACCCACGGCCGCCCGAUCCUGUUGAGCAGGAACUGACAGAACCCGGAGGUGUCGAAGUUCCGAAAAACAACGCUUUCGGAGCGAUUGUUCCGAAAGAACUUCACGUCGCAGUCGAGAUGCUCACAUCCCUUCCGGGUCAGACAAGCCAGGUCGCCAACAACGCAGCACAACGGGAGAAGGACCAUCGUACCGGAGGACCAUUGUCUCCAAGUUCCACUCGGGAACUUCAGAAUUCGGAAUGCGUCGACACUCCGGCGAUUCAAGCACCCGAAGAUUAUGAGGACCAGAACCAGGUGGUUGAGAAGUUCUACCGAAGUGUGGAGCAGGCACGGAUGGAUCGUCCCAAGCGGCCCGGACGCUUCCGCUGCGACCUGUGCGGCAAGGGCUUCAACCAGACGCUCUACCUCUUCCGCCACAUCCGCAAGCACACCGGGGAGUUCACCUGUUCCCAGUGUCGCCGGGUGUUUGCCCGCAAGGAGAACCUGCAGAACCACGCCUGCUUGGGUAUGAUGAAGUCGGUCAACUACCCGUGCACGCUGUGCGGCAAGUCCUUUGGGUCGGACCGCCUGCUCCGGCGGCACACAGCCAAGCACACUGGACAGCACAUGUGUAACGACUGCGGAAAGAGCUACACCACCAGGGAGAUCCUGGCGAACCAUUCGUGCGUGCGGCGCCCUCCCCUUGACCGCUUCAGCUGCGGCGUGUGCGGCAAGGCGUUCACCCGGCACAACUACCUGCUCAAGCAUCUGCCCGUCCAUACUGGCCAGCACAGCUGCCCCGUGUGUGGCAAGUGGCUGCGUUCACUGGACUCCCUGGCCAACCACGUGCGCAUGUGCACCCAAGUGCAGGAGAUCAGCCUUCACGGCAAGGUCAACUGUUCACACUGCCACCAGGAGUUCACCAAUGCGGCGGAGUUCCGUCGUCACCAGUACGAGCACACGCACGUGCACCGGUGCGGCGUGUGCGGGGGCCGCUUCCGCAACCUGGCCCUGCUCAACGCUCACGUCUGCCAGGGGCUGCCCGUGGAGUGCGACGCCUGCGGGCAGGUCUUCGACACCGUGUCGGCCCUGGACGAGCACCGGCCGACGCACGGGGAACCCCAAUUCAAGUGCGAGCUCUGUGGGAAAGCUUUCUUCCGGGGCGAGGCGCUGUCCAAGCACCCAUGUGUCCACGUGCUGGACCCCAGCGCGGGCCCGGACGCGGCCAGCAGGAAAAAGGCUGCACCGAGCCUGACCCCGCUGGUCUGCGAGGUCUGCGGCUCCCGGUUCUCUUCCACCAGCAGCCUCAACGUCCACAAGAACCUGCACGGGGAGAAGCGGUUCCAGUGCGACGUGUGCGGCAAGCGCUUCCACCGCAAGGAUCUUCUGCUGGAACAUCACGCGGUGCACGGGGACCCCACGUUCCCCUGCCCCACGUGCCGCAAGCUCUUCAAGACCAAGAAGUCCCUUGACGUCCACAUGAUGAUCCACAGCGGCGUCAAGCGCUUCAAGUGCUCCGUCUGCUCCAAGGAGUUCUUCCAGAAGGGCAACCUGCAGAAACACGAGGACACCCACCUGAGUGAGCGACGGCACCGGUGCACAGUCUGUCAGAAGGUGUUCACCACCCGAGAGUCGCUGGGCAGGCACAUGCUGGAGCACACCAGGGGACGCGUCUUCACCUGCGGCAUCUGUGGACGGGCUUUUGUCAAGGAACACCAGCUCCGCAACCACCACCGCAUGUUCCACUCAAACCAGGCCUAUACGUGCCACUACUGCGGACUCUGCCUGAAGCUGCGGCACUCGCUCAAGCGGCACCUCCGCAAAAAGCACCCCGAGCAGGAGUCCCAGUGGCGGAACCCCGAGGUCCUCAACAACAUGCUGGUCCUCAAGGGCGAUGCAGGGAUCGCGGCAACGGAGGUCGCGGACCCCGGCUUGGACCCCGGCGCCGCCGUGGAGGGCCUCCGACGUGCGUCCGUCGUCGGGGAUGGCAACCUCGGGUCGGGAGGGCUCGAGGCGGUAUUCGAGGGAGCGGAUGCCAUCGCAGCUGCAGAGUCGGCUCGGGAGAUUGCAGAGUCGCUCGUCGCCAACGUGAUGACCGAGCAAGGCUCCGAAGUGCUGCUGGCUGUGGAAGGCUUCAGCAGCGAGGAGCUCCGCGAGGCCAUUGCGACGGGAAGGGCGCAGAUCAAGCAGGGACCCACCCCCGACACCAUUGAGAUCUCCAUGCCCUUCGAGGUGACGGAGGGUGCCAGCGAGCAGGUCACCUACAUGGCCAACCUGGUGGACGCGCCGGACCACCUCGUGGCGGACGGUUCGACCGACGCCGCAGCCGACAUGGUCGGACUGCAGACGAAUGGCGCCGAAGUCGGGGCGGAGCAGUUCGUGGUUUCGGGGAUGGCCGAAGCGCAGGCUGGAGAAGAAGCGGCGGCCCAAGGACAGUACGUAACGGUCCCGAUGUACGGGAUGGAGGACCGGGCGACGGCCGGCCAAGAGCGGCCGCCGACGGAGAGUGCGCCGGCCACGCAGGAGGCUUUUUUGGCCUCGGUGGCGGAGGGCAUUCCUUACGAGGAGCCCCGAUUCGUGGUGGCACGGCAGGAGGUCACGGACGGGGCGCAGGUGGUCUACGAGACCGGGGGGCUGCCCGACCAGACCAUGUCUCACGGAGCGAUUCUUCUGGACGACGGAACGAUUCUUCAGCAGGAGGAACAGCAGGAGGGUCCCACUGACUUGCUGUUUUACGUGCUGGCCACAAGUGCGAGCCAGGAAGACGGCUGAAGAACUUUCCCACGCGGGGCACGAAGUGAAGCGUUGGAAGUUGCCAAGCGUUUUCGUCAGAAUGGCUGCUAGCCAGUGGGAAGGGUGCAGACGUGGCAAAGUCGGUUGGGCCGAACUAAGAGCAAUAAGUUUUUGCACCUUUUUUUUUUUUAUUAGGGCCAGUUUAAACAUAUACCCCAGCACUAGCUCAGUGCCGAAUCAAUGCCAAAGAAACGGUACUAAUGGUGCCACCUUCAACACAGUUAGCAGUGAUGUAGUGCUGCCAGCACUGCGCAAUAUCAGCACUGCACAAGCGCUCGGGUUGUGCACCAUUUCUACUGCGGACUUAAUAUCAUCUAGAGUUGCGUCGUAUGUGUGAACGGGCAUGUGUUGGGACGUUCGUUUCACGACGCGUUACAUUCAUGGCACCUCAAAGACCGAAGUCGAACCGAUUUCAAUUGUUUGCAACGAAAACAGUUGCAACUUGUGUCAACCGCGUUUGCGCUACAAAUUACUAUCAUUACUUAAGUUAUGGAAACAAAGCCAGCUUGAAUGUAGUACAAAAAGCACCCGUUUCAGAGAGAAUAACCCGAGACGAGCUUCCAAAAAAUAUCCUGACAAGCGGCGACACUUCUUUUUAUUAGAUACCUUGUGCCGCUGAAAGCUGGUGCAACCCCUACAAGGUUUUUUUUUUGGAGAGUCACAAGGGCAGUGCCUUCUUGGUGCAGGAGAUGCCGAAAACAGACAAGCCCAUGGGGUGCACUUUUUGUACAUGAAAUCAUGCGCACUACUCCACGUGCUGCUACCCGACCACAUAGGUUUUGGAAUGCGAAUCACCGACCAAGAGCUUUCCACUUUGUAGUAUACAACAUUGUGUCAUUGAACUUUUUUUGUAAAUAUAUUGUCACAUAUCACA